UUUACCCCAGUUGAAGUCAUGGCAGCGCUGAGACAGGAGCAUCGGUAUGGGCUCUCCUGUGCAAAAAUCAACAAGAAAGCUCAAAAUAAAACUCUAUUUCACGUCAAGCUAACCGAUACCGCCAUUCGAACGCUUGAAGCCUAUCAGAAUCUGAAGGGAUCCUUACCAAAUCAGCCAGCAGUUUGCUUCAAGGGGAGCCAGGGGUAUAUCAAGAUCCCUGCCCCGUCCCCAGAAGCCCCAGAUGCACUCCGGGUCUUCUCCUUCUACCUGUCCAGUGAUAGCAAAGACAAACCUCAGGCCAGCGUUGACUGCAUCCACCAGCAUGUCUCAGGGGAGGGCAGGGAGCACCUGGAGGGCCAGGGCAGUAUUCAGGACAAGAUCACUGUGUGUGCCACUGAUGACUCAUACCAGAUGACCCGAGAGCGCAUGUCUCAGGUUGAGAAGGACAUCAUGAGCAGGUCGGCCAUCGAGAUCAAACCAGGCUCUACACAUGGUAAAUGUGUGAAGAUCCAGAGGAAGCAGGGCCUGUCGUCAGGCAUGGACAGCAGCAGCAACAAGAACUCCCCUAACAACAAGAAGAGCGGGGCCCCCAGCCCAGUAGCCCUCAGGCCCCUGAGAGACCGCAUCAUCCACGUCCUGGCCUUAAAGCCAUACAGGAAGCCUGAGCUGCUGUUGUGGCUGGAGAGGGAGAGGGCCACUCCCAAGGACAAGACUGACCUGGGAGCAGUACUGGAUGAGGUUGCUAAACUGAACCACAAAGACCACAGCUUUACCCUGAAGGAUGAGUUCUACAGGCACAUCCAAAAGGAUUGGCCCGGUUACCUGGAGGAAGAGAAGCCACUCAUCCAUAGGCUCCUGGCCAGGAAACUGCAGCCACUGAGCAGCAGUAGCCAGUUGAAGAGUUUCCAGUCAAACCAUUCAUUCCACAAAACCCCUGCGGAUUCUCCGUCACAACUCAGCCCGGUCAAGACUCCCUCUGUGAAACGCCCCGUGCCCUCCGACCUGUCUGAUUAUCAGACCCCCAAGAAGCAAAGACUAUUAGACCACAGUUUAUCCCUGCAGUCUCCUUCCAAUGGACAGCUUGGUCCCUUUGGAGCCCGUAGCUCAUCUGGUCCAGGCAACACCAUUGUACAGACCAAAACAGAGUUUGAGAGAACCAACAAUCACGUCCAGGGAAGCCCUAAUGGUCUCUACACAAGGCAUAAAUUGAGUUGCUCCUCCAGUAUUCCCAAGCUGGAGAGGACAGAGCCAGGCUUAGCAGUACCAAGCCCCAAGGCUCCACAGACUGAGCCCUCCAUCUGCACUGAUCAGCAGUUAGCCAACGGCCAGCACAAAAAGAAGAAGUCCAAGAAGCACAAAGACAAGGACAGGGAGCGCUUAAAACAGGACUGGAUAGAGAACAGUCCCGACCUGAAACAGAACCAGGAAAACAUCACUGACAAUGAGGGGGCUAAAACACCUGUCACUCGUACAUCACCGGAGGAGCUGCCCGACUUUUUAAUAAAGUACAACACCAUCACAGCCUCAGAACAGCGACAACAGUACAAGCAUGAUUUCUGUGCAGAGUACGAUGAGUAUAGGGCCCUGCACGACCAGAUCGGUACCAUCACUGAGAUGUUUGUUCAGCUGGGUUCCAAGAUAAACACUCUGCCCCCCGGUACACAGGAAUACAAGCUCAUGGAGGAGCAAAUACUGCAGAAAUACAGAAAGUAUAAGAAAAAGUUCCCUGGUUACCGGGAAGAGAAGAAGCGAUGCGAGUAUCUGCAUCAGAAACUUUCUCACAUCAAAGGUCUGAUCCUGGACUAUGACCGUACCCAGGCCCCUUCAUAGUGACUGGCCUGCACCCUGCUGCCACAGGGUGUUACUGUAUCAAUGGACCAAAAUUCUCCCCGUGGACCAAAAGACUGCCCAGCCAAGCCUGGGUCCUGGAGUGACCUGGAAUCGCAUAUGAAUCACACAUUCACUUCACUCCUCCCAGUGUUGUUGGGAGAGAGGAGCGAUGUUCUCUUAUAUGAAGUGGGCCAAGACCAGCAACUUGUGAGCAAAUGAAACCCUUUAAUGUUUUUGUUGUUGAGGGCGAGGGUUGUAAUGACUGGGAUUUGUUGUGGUGUAUAAAUCAUAAGAUGACACAAUUUAAGCCAAAUUCCUUUUUCUAUCCAUAAUGCAAAAUGUACAUGAACUCUCCUGCCCAAAUGCUUUUAUCGUUUAGUCUGUUAUCAUGACUACACACAAAGGCAUAUUGGUUUGAUGGUACAAUCAUAAGGACAGAUAAGAACAAAUGCUCUUCAUACCCAGUCUUCUAUCAAUGCUAUAUUUAAGUACCCAGUACAAUUUGUUGUUUGCUAUUUCACUGAAUGUAUAGAUGUAAAAUAAUGAUAUAAAGUCUUCAUUCCUAUAGAGAGGGUUGUAAUCACUGGAUUAAGAUGAGGGAAAACUGGAAGAUAUUUUAUGUUCUGUGGAAAUAUCUUAGACGUGACUUCGAGGCCAUAUCCCUGCCAUUGUUGAUGUCCCAGGCAGAAUACAAAAUGUAGACUAUCUAAAAAAGGAGGUAGACUAUGUAUGCUGAACAGAAGCUAUAAAGAGGAAGAAUAUUGUAACUGUAAAAAGGUAGGCGUGGCCUAAACAUCAGCAUUUCAGGUAUUGAUACAUAGUUUUUUUUUAAACAAUACAACAUUACAAAGAAAAAUACUGUACAUGAUUUGACCAUUGGCUAAGUAAUUAACAAAAAAACGUGUUUGGUAAAUGCUCCAAUUGGUCACACUCUAAAGUACACUUGAACUUGUUGUUCAUUUCAAUCAGUAUUAGUAAUGCUCUUCCAUUGUGGAAUACAUUAUUUGCAUAGACUUUUUCUACUUUUCACAUGAUAAACCGAAAGCAUCUACAACUAUUGAUAGUGUUAAUCACUAGGACCUUUGAAACGUAUAUCUCAUUCUAUAACCAUACUGUUUGUUACGUUACAGAAUCAUUUCACAAAUGUUUUAAAGUGCUGUAGAGAAAUACUGCCUCAUAGGCCAUAUCCCUGCCAUUGGUGAUGUCCCAGGCAAAAUACAAAAUGUAGACCAUCUAAAAAAGAAGGUAGACUAUGUAUGCUGAGCCGCUGAACAGCAGAUAUUAAGAGGAAUAUUGUAAAAAGGUAGGAGUGGCCUAAACAUAAUGUUCUGUGGAAAUAUCUUAGACAUCUAUGAACAUGAACUUAACUGUUUGAGAUGAUAAUUGAUCUUUGUUAAAGUUAAUGGUACAGUGCAUGUCAUUAAUCGGACAUGCCGGUCAAACAUCCUAUACAUCUGCCUCUAACCCAAACUCCACAUUCAGUCUGUGGUUCCUGUUGGCAGUAAUUAUGGCUUUCUGCUUCAUCAAAUAUGGGCAAGGGGAAUUGCCCCCUGAAAUGUGUAGGUUAGAGGAAAGUGCCAUCAUUGUCAUACAGUAUACUCCCAUAUUUCUGUUUUAAAACACUAUAUCGUUACUGAAAGAACACUAUUCUGAAUAAGAAGAGCAAUCAAGCACAAUUAAUAGAACAUUUGUCAAGAUUGUUGUGGCAUUCUAUUACCUACUUAUCCUUUUAGAAUAAAUGGUUUUCAUUGUUUGAGCCAGAAUGCUCUGACCUUUGAUGGUAAUAAAGUUCAUACAAUAUUAACAAAUAUUUUAUUACCUCGAUCAAUAGUCCAUUACAUUUGUGAGACUGGUUGGAGUACCAGAGCAUUUAACAGUACUUCCUGAAGCCCUUUUUAUAAGCUUCUGCUUGUGAAUGCAUUCUCAGUCCAGCAAGAAACAUAGGGUUGCGUCCAUGCAGUGAUUAAAUGCAAUGCCUUAAAGCUAGUUGUCUGCUGAUUCCAACCGGAUUCAGGGCCUCCUAAAUAAGAUUGUCCAUCCUGUUGUUCAAAGAUGAGAUCUCACAGAUCUAUUUUCUGAUGUGUGUGAACUUCUUCACUCUUGCUGUCGACACUGCUUUGUAGGACAAUACUGUGCUAACCAGUGGCAUUUCAUUGUGUUGCUGUAGCAGUUCACUAGAUUUCACCUCCACAAACAAUAUAGAUUGCCAAGAUAGGACAGUUUUAUUUUCCGUUUGAAACUGUGAAUGUUCCAUUCCAACAUAUGGAUGUUGGAGUAAAUGCCUUCAACAAACUGGACCACAUUAACUUAGCCUCUCUGGAUGUAUCAUCACCUGGGAUUUCAUACAGUUCAUUAUCUGUGGCUUGUAGAGAGCUAUAUUACUUACAUGCAUACAUGAUUGCAGUACCAGUCAAAAGUUUGGACACACUUACUCAUUCCAGGGUUUGUCUUUAUUUUUACUAUAGUCUACAUUGUAGAAUAGUGAAUACAUCAAAACUAUGAAAUAACACAUGGAAUCAUGUAAUAACCAAAAAAAGUGUUAAACAAAUCAAAAUAUAUUUGAGAUCCUUCAAAGUAACCACCCUUUGCCUUGAUGACAGAUUUGCACAGUCUUGGCAUUCUCUCAACCAACUGCAUGAAGUAAUCACCUGGAAUGCAUUUCAGUUAACAGGUGUGCCUUGUUAAAAUAUAAUUUGGAAUUUCUUUCCUUGUUAAUGUGUUUGAGCCAAUCAGUUGUGUUGUGACAAGUUAGGUGUGGUAUACAGAAGAUAGCCCUAUUUGUUAAAAGAUCAAGUCCAUAUUAUGGCAAGAAAAGCUCAAAUAAGCAAAGAGAAAUGACAAUCCAACAUUACUUUAAGACAUGAAGGUCAGUCAAUUCUGAAAAUGUCUUCAAGUGCAGUCGCAAAACCAUCAAGCACUAUGAUGAGACUGGCUCUCAUGAGGACUGCGACAGGCAAGGAAGACCCAGAGUUACUUCCGCUACAGAGGAUAAGUUCAUUAAUUACCAGCCUCAGACACUGCAGCCCAAAUAAAUGCUUCACCGUAACAAAUACAUCUCAACAUCAACUGUUCAGAGUAGACUGUGUGAAUCAGGCCUUCAUGAUCGAUUGCUGCAAAGAAACCACUAUUAAAGGACACCAAGGAAGUGUGGGGGUGCUUUGCUGGUGACACUGUCAGUGAUUUAUUUAGAAUUCAAGGCACACUUAACCAGAAUGGCUACCACUACUACAUAAUUCUGCAUUGAAUAGCCAUCCCAUCUGGUUUGCGCUUAGUGGGACUAUCAUUUGUUUUUCAACAGGACAAUGACCCAACACACCUCCAGACUGUGUAAGGGCUAUUUGGCCAAGGAGGGUGAUGAAGUGCUGCAUUAGAUGUCCUGGCCUCCACAAUCACCCAACCUCAACCCUAUUGAGAUGGUUUGGGAUGAGUUGGACCGCAGAGUGAAGGAAAAGCAGCCAACAAGUGCUCAGCAUAAGUGGGAAAUGCUUCCAAGACUUUUUGAAAAGCAUUCCAGGUGAAGCUGGUUGAGAGAAUGCCAAGAGUGUGCAAAGCUGUCAUCAAGGCGAAGGGUGGCUACUUUGAAGAAUCUAAAAUAUAUUUUGAUUUAACACAUGAUUCCAUGUGUUAUUUCAUAGUUUUGAUGUCUUCACUAUUAUUCUACAAUGUAGAAAAUAGUAAAAAAUAAAAAUCCUUGAAUGAGCAGCUGUCUAAACUUUUAACUGGUACUGUGUGUGUGUUUUAUAUAUAUAUAUAUUUCAGAUACAGUGACUACUCUUAAAAGCAGUAUUGAAGUUGAUGUGACUGUCAGUGUACACAAUCUUGCUACUUAAUUGCUGUCUUAAGAUGGGUGUAAAUGGGAAGAUAAAGUUCAUUUUUGCCUUAACAUACCCAUCACACAAUUCCAUGUCUCUGAUAUGAAUUUUCCAUACUUUUUAUCUGCACAUACACAUUUCAGGAUCAUGUAUUUUAGUUCACUUAUUUUUUAGGUUUAAGAAAAUUCUGAAUUUAAGUUCAUGGAUGUUUUCAAUAUUACGUUAUGUCAGAGCAUUGUUUUGUGUUAGAAUACAAUGUAUAUGUAUUCCUUCUCUACCAUGUGAGUCCUUAGUCUUACUAACAUCGAUGAGUCACAGCUCGCUGUGUAGUCACGUGGGUCACAUCAGCCAGGUUAAUGAGUCAACAUUACAGAGUGAUUGACAUUUUAAAGGCAAUGUUCCAGAGUUAGUGCAGACUAGUUAUGGUAAUCGCUGCAUAUGUCGUCUCUAUUAGAAAUGACCUUUACAUUUCUGUAAUGCAGCCUAUAAUGCUUCAGCGUUAGAUUGAAUAGAGCCCCUCAUCCUUUUGUGUUUGUCAUAGGUUAAUUUCUGUUCAUUUCCCUCAUCCAAAUGAGUGGUCUGUGGAUCUUUUUGAUAAUCAUGAAUAGAGUAGAAAAAAUUGUUAUUGUGUUAAGGGCCUUUUCUCAUCCAGUACAAUUCUGCACCACUGUCACAAACUACCUGGUUCAAGAGCUAUAUAGUAUAAGUGUCUAUGUGAAAGGUCUGUCAGAAGUGCUUGACUCGACCAGAUUCAUCACUGACAUGUAAAUGUCAGAUUUCUUCUGUCACAGUUUGGUUUAGUUUUUAAUGUUAAAUUCUAAAUGUCCUAAAUGAAAUGUAUGCUACUGUGGUAUUCUGGAAAGCACAUGAUCAGAUAUGAGACCAGCAUAUAUACCACUGUCUCUGUGUCCAGUAUUGGACUGAGCAAUAGAGGCUGGUCAUCUGAAUAAGUGCUAAUUGUGAUAUAUGCAGGAGUUAGCUAGGUGCCUUCUAAUAGGAAACUCUGAGUCACAUUGGUGUUUACAUAAUGUUCUUCUCUUUCAUAAUUGAUAUUAUUGCAUAACAUGCAGUUGAAAUCAAAUGUAUGCACUCAAAUUAUUGGUCCCCAAAUUGUAUUUUUCAUGUGUGGGCCUACAACUUCGUGGCUAAAGGUCCUUUUAAAAACUGUUAUGACACCCACAAUGUUCUCUUGAAAUUUCAUCUGAAUACUGCUUACAAAUCAAACAACUCUUAAGAUUAUUUUAAGGUAAUUGUCUUGCUUUUGCUGGUGCGUUUACUUUGUUGAUAUUGGUAAAUUAAACGUCUCAAAAGAAAUGUGAAAUGAAAUCUCGUCCAGUAUGUCACUGCAGUCUACCUAUGAGAAUAUUUGUGGAACUAUUUAUUGCUUUUAAUGUUUUCUUUUUUUGGUUCCUCCUUUGCACACUUUUCUCAGUCUAUAAGGCAGACGAGAAGCCUCUCCUUGGAAAAAGGGAAAUGGAAUAUAUAUUUUUGCAAUUUUCUGUGGGAGGGGAUGCUUUAUCACCUCCUGUUCCUACAUGUAUUGUCUCUAAAAACAAAGAAUAAAGCUUUUCAUCAAGAA